CCUAUCUGCGAAGAAGAAGAAGACUGAGCGCAAUGCACGACGUAGAAAUGGCUAAACAACAUUACAGUUCGAACGGCGGGCACUUUUUAGCUAAAGGAUCCACCGAUGCAAACCACAAAACACCGUUGUAGAUGCAAAAUCUGUCAUUUCUCGUGUAACGGAGGCCAGCUGUUAGAGGGAGAGCUGUGUGUGCACGCAGAGGCUGCGAGCUCGUCUCUCCCUCGCCGGACCGAUGGCGGUUUCGAGGCUAGGAGGGGUACAUUCCCGCAUCCCUGAGGACACCCCCCAGGAAAGAAUGAAUUUGGCGAGAGUCCCGUCUGGUCGUGAGGAGAGUAUCACUACAGAGAAACCUGUAGGCUCUUUGGUGCGAAAAGCAGGCGGUUACGUCAUCGAGGGCGGAAUGCGCUUUGUGUUUGUGCAACGGGUCAUGCACUCCAUUACAACAGCUGCCCAGCUGGACAAGGAAAAACCCAACGCUUGCUUCAGUGAUGGAAAAGUAGAUAAGCCGGGAGCCUGUCCUUGUACCAUGGGAAUGGAACUGCCGCCGGCCGUGAUGGAGAGGAAACAGGGGUCUCUGUACACGCUUUAUCCUGACCGUUCCUCAUCACUCAGACCAGGUGGACAUCUCCAACACUUUGGACGGGUCACUGGAUCACCACUUCUUUCACCACAUCCACAGCCAGACAAGAUGUCCGUACUGUAUUUAUUUUUUAGGGUGUGUGUGUUUGUUUGUGCGUGCGUGCGUACAUGCGUGUGCGCGCGCGCGCGUGUGUGUGUGCGUGCUGUUGGACUUUAAAAAAAUGUCCUGCAUGUCCAAAAAUUGGAGAAAGGCAAUUUCUAAUCAAACUGAGGUUUAUUAAUCAGAUUAACAAAAAUACAGCGCGCUGGGUUGCUGGACAACACUCCUCUGUCCUUCCCAGGAACAACAACCCCCCACAGCACAUAUUCACAGCAUUUAUUGUUUUUUCACGCCGAUCUCUCCUCCGCUGGGGGCCGGGAUCCCCCCUGCCUCCACCAAUCCCAGAAGUCUUCUUUGUCUCCUCUCCUCCAAUCACUGACUUCUUUUCCUGCAUAGUUUCUGCAAAACAACAUACACAACAUCCCCCACCCAGUAUCUCUGUAGUUUCUGCGGAGCAGCAUAUUACAUCUCCCAUCUCAGGCACUUUUAUCAUCUAUUAUAGUACAUGUGUGUGUGUUUGUUGAACUGAGGAGGAGGAGAAGUUAUUUUAUCAGUUGCUCUCAUCUUAACUCCCCUGCCUCCACCUCAGGCUGGCCUCCUCUUUCACACACAUUCCUGUUGCGAAGCACAUCAAUAGGCAUAUAGCUGUUUCACAUCUAUGACAGUAUAAGAUCUUAUUUAAACUAACAACUCUUUGUUAGAAAAGCAUAAUAAUAAAACCAUUUAAUAAAAUGAUAAUCAAAACACUGUAAUAAAUGUCAUGAUAUAAAAACAUAUUCCCACAGUGCGCGCACGCGUGUGUGUGUGCGCGUGUGUGUUUAAUUAAGCUGACCGCAGAGGGGUUUUCUGGGCAGAGCCCGAUGAAGACAUACCAGACGGUAUGUGUAUGGACCCAGAGGGUGUCAGUGGGUCGCCUUCUACCAUGGAGGAAGAGAUUUGCUCAUUGACCCACAAACAGGUGUGUGAGUUUCUCAAUAUCUUUGCCAUUUGUGUUGCCGGAGGAAAAUGAACCCCACUAAAAUUGCAUUUUGAGACCAUUUAAUGGGGUAAAGUCUUUAAAGCGGCCGUCUUUAUCUAAAUGGCUUUCGGCCAAUACCUAAAGUUAACAGACUUCUUUCAGGCACCAGACUGCAGACGGUGAAAGUGGCAGGAGAAGACCUCCUCGUGUUGUGCAGGUGGAAAGGAUCGCGCUGAUCUGUACGUCACCAACAGGCCGUUUGAAGACAUGGAUGGAAAUUCACUGACCAUACAGCCUUCGGCUUGCUGCCUAUUUAAGGUGACAUAACACAUACUGUAAGGUGACAUCACGGGUUGACAUCAUGACUGACACAUAACAUCCUUUAUUCUCACCCGAGGGCACGGGUGUGGGAGUGACGGCCAAUCCAUCGUUCUCGUGUUCUGGAUGAAAAUCAAGAAGACAGCGAUGAUGCUUGUUGAUCCGUUACCAUUUUUUCUGAUGAAUCAGCAUUGAUUAUUUAACCACCGUUGUAACCGUGCAACCGUCGCUUUAAUGCAAGAUAACGUGGGACGGAUGGAAAUCUUUCUUUCGUGGUAUUACACACAGGAAAAUAUUUGCCGUAAACUGAUUUGAUAGACCCGAUCAGUGGAUAUAAAAUGCAAUUAUUCACAAAUCCACUGUUUAGACGUGACCUCACAAAAGUAAAACAAUUGUAAACGUUUUCUAAUCCUGCUUACAUUAACCCAACUCUGUGAACAAAAGUAUUUAUGAAUGAUUUCCAGGGAUGGAUUUGAUAGCGAUCCUGAUUCCACAUUUGCAAUGUUUAUUAUUGAUCAUCUCAACGUGGGGCAAAAGGUGGACUUCAUGUUUAUGUGAAUCUUCAACAUUCCCAGAGAAAGUGAAGAAAACGCUGGAUUGACAUUUUUGGUUAUCUGCUGUAUUUAAUGAG